CCCUUUAGCUGGCGCCUCUGUGUAUUUUAGGAGUUGACUGUUAGAUGGUUUGAAUGAAGAAAAAGAGAACUGGAAGACAAAAGUUACGGAUGAUGUGGUCAUGCCGAAUGAUCAUAGCUACUGUAAAGAUUCAAACAUGACGCGGCAUUACUAACUUUUUGUUAGCGGCGGAAAAGUUGACAGCGCGCCGUGCUCAAAUCUGCCUAGCCGCUGUGUUGCUUAACCUAGGAAACUAGCUAGUGUCCGUUUAACGUACGCUGUCUGGCCAGCUAGUUAAAUCAAGUAGUUAGUUCAAGCAACUCAGUUUCUCUUGACUGUAUGGGUGAAGUGAAGGCGGCCACCCUGUUCGGGCCCAAUCAGCUUUCGCAAACGUUGUACGCGUGACAAAGUCUUAAAAAAGAUGCUUCCGUGGAAUGAAACUGAAAGGUCUGAAGACCAAAGUCGCAUUCAAUCUCGGUUAUCGUUUACUUCUCGUUACUAUUUGGUGCAUAACCGGGUAAAAUGGCAAAAUUAGCUAACUGACCUAGAUAGCUCGCUUAUUUGGAUAACUAACUUUUUCUGGCGGCCAUGGCGGUAAAUUCGUUUUUUUUCUUGUGCUGAAUGAGCGCGUUUUGCUAUGGGAACACAAAGGAACGGUUUCAUCAAGAGAGAGAGGUACAUUCUUUCAGUGGAUGUGGGAACAACCUCUAUUAGAUGUCAUGUUUAUGAUAAGAAUGCCACCGUCAGAGGAUCCUGCUCCGCUAAGGUGUCCCUACUUUACCCUGAACCCGGCUGGGUAGAGAUGGACCCCGAGGACCUGUGGCGCAGCUUUGUUACCGUGGUGAAAGGAGCUGUGCACGAUUCAGGGUUACAGAUGUGCCAAAUGGAAGCACUGGGUAUCUCAACACAAAGGGCAACUUUUACCACCUGGGACAGGAAGACAGGAAAGACCUUUCAUAACUUCAUUGGCUGGCAGGACCUGAGGGCUGCAGAGAUGGUGAGGUCAUGGAACAACUCCUGCACCAUGAAGACCAUUCAUGGAGUGAUGAGGGUGCUGCACUUCCUCACCAGGCAGAAGCGGUUCUUGGCGGCGAGCCUGGUGGUCUUCACCACCCAACAUGUCUCUCUGCGCCUGGCCUGGGCCCUGCACAACAUCCCUCAGAUAAAGCAAGCAGUUAAUGAAGGCACCUGCUGUUUCGGUACUAUUGACACUUGGCUGCUUUAUAAACUAACCAAAGGCUUGCUCCAUGCCACAGACUACUCAAAUGCCAGUUCAACUGCAAUAUUUGAUUCUUAUCAGAUGUGCUGGAGUGGGUUUGUGUGUUCGCUGCUCUCACUACCUCUCUCUAUCCUCCCCAGGGUGCAUGACACCAGCCACAAUUUUGGCUCAUCUCAUCCCUCAAUCUUUGGGACUCCAAUUCCAAUCAUGUCAGUUAUGGCUGACCAGCAGGCAGCCAUGUUUGGGGAGUGCUGCUUUGACACGGGUGACGUCAAAAUUACCAUGGGAACAGGCACCUUCAUGGACAUCAACACAGGGAACAAACCUCACACGUCUGUGGCUGGCCUGUAUCCUCUUGUAGGCUGGAAGAUCGGUCCUGAGGUCGUGUACCUGGCUGAGGGCAAUGCGGCUAGCACUGGCACUGCUAUCAAAUGGGCGCAGGGUAUAGAGCUCUUUGCAGACGUGGAGGAGACGGCGGCCAUGGCAGCCAGCGUGGAGGACUCAGAUGGCGUGUGCUUCGUGCCUUCUUUCAGCGGCCUGCAGGCCCCAGUGAACGACCCCAGAGCGUGUGCAGCCUUCAUGGGCCUGAAACCGUCCACAAACAAGUGCCACCUGGUUCGAGCCAUCCUGGAGUCUGUGGCGUUUCGGAACAAGCAGCUCUUCGACGUCAUGCUGCGGGAAAUGCGCAUUCCCAUCACCAAAAUAAGGGCAGAUGGUGGCGUCUGCACUAAUGACUUCAUUAUGCAAUUAACCUCGGACCUUUUGGAACACAAGAUCUCACGGCCAAGUCACUUUGACAUGUCUUGUCUGGGAGUUGCAUUUGUGGCUGGCUUAGGAAUAGGCUACUGGAAGAGCAAGGAGGAGCUCAAGAAGCUGCAUACCACGGACCGCAUCUUCCUUCCCCAGUGCAGUAGAGGGGAUGCCUACAAGGACAGCACCUCAAAUCACAUUCUCCAGAGCUGGGAGCAAGCACUGCAGCGCUCCAUGCACUGGUACAGCCAGCCCUGACGCCCAUGCUGCAGCUUCCCCCUCACCUUUAAAGCGAUCAGUUUAUAGCCUCACUGUCUAGGCAGUAGUUAUGGACCGGCUGUGUAAAAAAAAAAAACAACUGUACUGGGAUCUGCCUUCCAAGGUUGAGGAAGGAGGAGUAUGGCUCAAACAUAAGUCAGAGACUUGAGGUGGCUUGGAAUCAAGACUAAUAGAAGUAGAAUCUCAUCGGACAACGCUUAGGCUGACAGUGUCGCAUUCCCGUUGUCAAUGAAAUUUAGGGUAACACUAGUCCUCAUCUCUGAGUGGAAAGGUCAAUCAUCAUUUAAGAGAUUUCCUACCUUUGUCUGCUACAUUCUAAUGGAACUUUGGUGAUCACAAUGUUACAAACUAUUUGAUGCUUAAAUUAAUUCCAGAUUAGUUGGUAAAAAUAAGGUCACUGAACUGUAACAUGCCUUAUUGGUGUGUACUAGAAACUGCUGCAUUAGCUUGCUGUAUAUGGUUUUGUUUCUCAUAAGACUACAGGCUACUGAUAACUUCGCAGUGUUGACUGGUUUUGAAUGACAUGGAAAAAAGCCUGUCAUUAUUAAUAGAUGAUGCCUUUUUGUGACCUGUUUCUUUUGUGGGGAACAUUAAUCUGGUGCCCAAUCAAAGUUUUAUAUUGUACUUUUAACAAGAAAAUGUAAGUGCUUUCCGUUUAGGUCUACAAGCAGACUUUUAUGUAUUUUUUUCAAGCUCUUUUCCUUUGGGAGCAGAUCAGGCGAAAUCCAGUGAGCCAAAUUGUGUUCCUUCCGAAUUCAAAUUAUACUCAGUCUCAACACUAUCCUCACCAUAAAGAUAGUUCCACCUGUUUAUAUGAGAAACAGACUGCAUAACCAAAAUAGAUGUAGCACCAUGUUGCCAAUGCAAAGGAAAGCACAUAUCUCUGAAAUGGUAAAUUCUCAGGGUGACAGGGAUGACAUUUUAUAGUUUACAUAUAUUGUAUAUCCUGGGUCUUAUAUAUUUUAUAUAUUGUAUGUGCUUUGCGUGGACUUAAAAGAACAAAACUACUCGGAGUUCAGUUAGUUCCAUAUCGCAAGUGUUUGUUAUUUAUACAUUAACAAAGCAAAAAUUGAUAUGUAUGAAAUGUUUUGGAUGGUGAUGACAAAUAAGCCCUUAAUUCCAGGAAUUAUGUUCUUCUAUCUUAAUAGUCUAAUUUAAAAAACAAAAGUCAGUCAAAUGGGAAAACAAAUACCAUGUUCUUCAAUGUUCAAAAUGUGCUGUAGGAUGCGUCUUAAGAAUAUUGUAUCAAAACAGGUUUCAAAUUUUGUUUGUGGAACACAUCUCAUUUCUCAAUGCAAGUUGAAAUAUUCAUGAAUUAGUGUUUUUCAAUUCUGCAUGUUUUAAACUCUUCAAAAAUAUGAUGAGAGGGAAUUGUAUUCCUCUUAGUGUUCCAUCCAGAUUACAAACUUCUAAGGAAUGUGAUUUCUCACACAAGGAAUAAGUGCCCUUAACUGUAAAUGGUGAUACUGUUCUGAAAGUCCACUUUAGUAUGUGGUUUCCUUUCCCUGACCAUUAUGUAAUUGUUCUGUAAUCAUGAUGUUACCAUUGACCUAUUUCUACCCUUUUUCAAAGUGUUGUACACAAAUGUCAGAGGUCAGGGCAGUUAAGCAUGGGGCAUCUGUUAUUCAGUCAUCACCUCAGGUGUCACACAAGAGACUCAAAUGUGCCACUAAUGUUCAGAUGUGGUCUGUGUUGGCAGCCAUUUUUCAAAGUUUGUGCAUCUUUGCUUAGGUCAGCUGUGGGGGUCUUGUCACAAACCAGGAACCUGCCUAAUCUUUUUAACCUGUCAGAUUUUCUUCUACUUUUACUUGUGCAAAUCAUUGGCUGCAUUACAAUAUAUUUUUGACAUACUGAUCCAGGCCUAAACUACAUUUACUGCUCGAAUUUACUGUGAACACUAAAAUAUAAGUGUACAGUAACUGAGCUCAACUGCAAACUGGCAGUAUUAUGGGAGUGUUUUUUAAAGAACUGCUUGUUGGUCAUCUUGGUUAAAUUCGUCUCUUUUUGUAGAUUUGAAAAAUAAGAUUUAUAACAAGACUACUAAAUAAACUAUUGUAAUAGCACAUGCAA